AUGUCCAACAAGCGCGCAUAUAGCGCUUUCCUUUGCAGCACGCCGGCAGACGCUUCAACCGCCCCCGAUGCCCUUGACGCUCCCCAGCCGCAAGCGCAUCAGCCAACCCCUUACUCCAGCUCCCGCCUCUGCAUACCGGGUGCCUGGCCCGAAGGCCCCGCAAUUGCCGAAGAUGUCAUGCCCGUAUCCGCGCCAACCUCAUUCUUCACAACCCUCGGCCGAUGGGCUGCGACAGUUAGCGUAGCCAACCUGCUCCGUCUGCCGGGUCGCAUCGCAAACCACUUUCUACGCGGACAGGCCAUCAAGGCAAUCCCAAUCGCCAGUUCUACAGGAUCCAACAAGAAGCGCUUCGUGGCUGCCGGGCCAACAGAAGAUGAAGCGCCGUCACCAUCGGUACGCGCGCGCGCGCAUCAGGCGCGUCGCCAGAAGCAAUAUCACACUCUCGCAUCCUUUGCAUCGCCGCAAAGAUGGAUUCACGCGCCUAGUUCACCGCAAAUUCCCAAGACGACACCCGCGUCACAAUCGCCAAGCACACAUGCCAGCGCAGGCAAUAGAGGCUUUGAGACAUCUCCAGCAUCUCUAUACGCACCCCAACCCGAAGCCGAAAUCGACGGCGACGACGGCGACAUCAGCAUAGACUUCUCUUUCGAUGACAUCCUCACCUCGACUCCGCCUCGCAAUCCGCAUACAGGCUCACCCGUACAUGUGCCCUGGAGGAGCCCACGGACUGUUUCGUAUACCAAAAGUGUUUCCCCGGUCAAUAAUAAGAAAUUGGAGUCCAAUUCCUACUCCGCGUCAUCAUGCGACCUGCCACAGAGUCACUCGCCUGUCGGUCAGGUCUAUCAGAGACCAGUCCUAUCGCGCGCCAAGGAACAUGUGGACGUCGCCCAAAACCCAAAACGCGCCAAUCAUCGCACUCCCAAAUUGCCUUCUCUCACGCCCAUGCGUCGCCAACUAGUCAAGUUACAAUUCGGUGCGGAACACCGGCGUAUUCAAGCCACCCGACUGGCCGAGCCCCGAACAGAAUACACGGAUCAGGGUUUCGCCGAGCCCGGGCCAAUUAAAAUCACCCCCACUGAGGCAGUCAAUCAGGAUCUCUCAUAUUUGUCCGAUGCUUCAUCCUAUUCGCACGUAGAAGCCCUAUCCAAGGUGGACGCCUCGCCUACCAAGGCCGACAACGAAUCAGUUGAGCCCGAGUUUGAAUACGCCAAUGAUCUCUCGUUCCUUUUAGAUGCGCCAACCCCACCACCUCGACGAAGCGUGCGGUGGGCAAAGCAUGCAGGAGCGAAGCCUUUCUACUGUGACGAGAAAGUUAGCGACAUGCUCGACUCUACGCUAGAAAUCAUCCAGUCCAGCCCUGUGCGGGAGAUGUGGCACAAUUUCCAGUGCAAUGGACAGGCCGGAUCCGACAACAGCCAUACCCCAUCAUCACCCUUUUCUUCAGCAGACAACAGUCCACAUGUUGCAGCAAACGACUCCCAUGCCAACGAUGGCGGUUUCCAUGGUAUACCUUUGGACACUUUUGAUGCUUCCGACGACUCGCUCGAAGAGUCUGCGCUCUCCCUUGAGCUUGUACAAGAGCUUCAGAAUGAUUUAAAGACAAAGCUUGCAUUGGCGCCACCUCCUCCACCGCCCAAACCCCUCAUUACCCCACUAUCCACUGAAGAGACGGACAUUUUGCACACAGCCGCAGCAAACACCAGCCACGGACUGAAGGCGGACAAGUGGGUCAUCGAUCAGAAGCUGUAUGCGCGAGAUUUUGCGACACUAUUACCCCGACUCUUCAACGGCGACCCCAGGGCCUGGCUGAACGACAACAUUGUCAAUGAGUAUCUUGCGAUUCUGGUGGCGGCCAAGAAGAAGGAAGCAGGAUUCGAGCACAAGCGCGGCGGCCCGGCCCCUCCAGUCCAUGCAUUUUCAUCGUUUUGGUAUAGCACUGCGGACACGUCACGGUGGUCGAACCGGUUCCAGCUCAAAGGCAAGCAGUAUCUGGACGCGGAGCUGAUUCUAUAUCCCAUCUGCGACCGGGGCCAUUGGCGUCUGCUUGCGGUUUAUCCGAAGAAACGGUGCAUCGAAUACCUCGACUCGAUGAGUCUGGAUGGGCAGAAAUACAUCGACAAGCUGGUUGAAUAUCUGAAGAAUGAGCUGGGAGAUCUCUACAUUGCCGACGAGUGGACCCAGGACAGGCCUCAGCGCAGCAGUCAGCAGCUCAAUGGCAGCGACUGUGGUGUUUUUACUCUCUUGAAUGCUCUGGCGCUUCUCCGGGGCGACGACACCAAGCUGGUGCUUGCCACGAACGGCAUGGACGACGCGCGGCAGCGGAUUGCAGCUACACUGCUUGCUGGACAUCCCACGACGGAGCUGAGCUGAGCCGAGCCGAGCGAAACGGGUCGAUGUGCUGGGCCGAGACGAAUUUUCAUUAUUGCAUUGCAUAGCACGGUUUUGGGACAGGGAGGGGACAUAUUCUGCUUUAGCAUGGCGCAUAGUACUGGUGUUCAGUCGUUUUUUCACGGGAACACGAUGCAUGAUUUGAUACCCCCUCACACACACACAGAGAGAGAGAUAUAUACGAUA